AUGGGGAUGUCGACGCAAGUCUAUGAAGCAUUGAACAGUGUGUCCUGGCAUUGCAUCAGAUGUGGGAUGCCCCAGUUCUCGUCCAGUCUCUUUAAUUCGACAAGUAUAGAGGUCAGCAAUUCAUUUGAUGUCCUAGGAUCAUCAAAUGAUGUUACUACAAGUAGUACUACAGAAACAAACCAUACACGCAACUUGUCAUUUUCAGAAGACGGCCUGGGAUCACCGCAACGGGCAUCUACUCCAGUUAGACCAAGAAGGUCUUCAUCGUUGCCACCUAACGGGAGGUCAUCUUCAAAACAAGGCAGAAAUAAAAGGCAGCACAUCAAACCUAGAACUAUGAAAGUUCCCAAUAUUAACUUUCAAAGCAUCAGAAAUAAGAAGGAAGAAUUGGCUGUACUCAUUGAGACAACAGAACCUUCUGUUAUUAUUGGUAUAGAAACCUGGCUCAACCCUACCAUCAAGAGUUCAGAGAUCUUUCCUUCCAAUUCUGAAGUGAUUCGCAAAGAUAGGGCGGAUAGCUAUGGCGGAGUUCUGCUGGCAAUAAGGAAUGAUCUCAUAUACGAUGUCAUAGAUACUACAGGGACUGGUGAACAAGUCUACGUGAAGCUCUCAUUCGGGGCUAACGUCAAGCUGAUAAUUGGAGCUUUGUAUCGUCCCCCAAACAGUGACAUUAGCUAUCUCAAUGAUCUCUGUUCUAUUGUUGAGAAUGUUGCAUUCAAAAACAAGAAAGUAGCUUUGUGGAUUGGUGGUGAUCUGAUUCUUCCAGAUAUUGAUUGGACGAACCUCAGGGUCAGCGGUCAUAACUACCCAGCCAGCAUGAACAACAGAUUGUUAAACAUGACUCAUGACUGCGCUCUUCAACAGAUGGUGACUUUUCCCACACGUUUACAGAGCACUUUGGACUUGUUUCUGACGAACCGACCAUCUCUGGUCAACAAGUGCUCUCCACUACCAGGGCUUGGAGACCAUGAUAUUGUCGGUGUUGACACAGAUGUAACAUCUAAGAGGCGAAAACCAGUGAAGAGGUUAAUGCAUAUAUGGAAGAAUGCUAACCUGAGUGAAAUGAAGAGAGAAUGUGGCUUAUACCAACAGCGCUUCAUAAAGAUGCACGACGAAAAGAGUUUAGUCAUCAACAUGUGGGAGGAAAUCAAGACCUUCUUGCAGGACUUGCUACAAAAGCAUGUACCAUCUAAGAUGACCUCAAGUCGGUUUAAUCAGCCAUGGAUCAAUUCUUCUGUCAAGCGGCUUUCCAGAAGGAAGAAACGUGCCUUCAAACUGGCACGGUGUACCGGGCAGCAGAGAGAUUUCCAUAAAUAUCAAAAACGUAAAAAGUCUUUACAGGUGGCAUGUAAACAAGCAUACAGUGAUUACAUUAAUCACAUGAUAAAUCCAAACUUUUCCUCAAAUCCCAAGCGCUUUUGGAGCUUUAUUAACAGCAAGAGGAAUGAUAACACUGGAGUAGCACCUCUGAAAGCUCAAAGUGGAAGGACUAUUACAGACAGCACGAGGAAGGCUCACAUCUUGAAUGAUCAGUUUACUUCUGUCUUCAACAAGGAUGAAAACAUAACCACCAUCAAAGACAAGGGCAAAGCCCGUAUCCAGACAUGGAACAAAUCAACAUUAGUCCUGAUGGAGUCAUCUGUUGACCAAGGCAUUAUUCCGGAUGACUGGAAAAGAGCUAAUGUAGUUCCUGUCUUCAAGAAGGGAGGGAGAAACAGAGCAGAAAACUACAGGCAAAUCUCGCUGACCUCUAAUGUGUGCAAGACCCUGGAACACAUUGUCUGCAGUAGCAUUCUUGACCACCUGGAUAGCCAUAACAUUUUAUGUGACGCGCAGCAUGGCUUUCACAAGAAGCGCUCCUGUACAUCUCAGCUCUUACAUGCUGUUCAGGACCUUUCCCAGGGUAUUGAUGAUGGCGAUCAGCUUGAUGUGAUUCUACUGGACUUGUCAAAAGCCUUUGACAAGGUUCCCCAUGGUAGAUUGAUGUACAAAGUCAACUAUUAUGGAGUCAGAGGCAAUAUUCACUCAUGGAUUGAACAUCUACUCAGCAACCGCUCCCGGAGGGUUCUUAUUGAAGGAGUUACUUCUCAUGAAGCCCCCGUUCUCUCAGGAGUACCGCAAGGUAGCGUGGUCGGACCUCUGCUCUUCCUCCUCUUCAUUAAUGACCUCCCCGAAUAUGUAUCAUCACAGUCUACGGUGCGCCUCUUUGCUGACGACUGCAUCUUGUACAGAAAGGUCAAGACAGAGGAGGACACUAAACAGCUUCAGAGGGACCUGGAUGCUCUUCAAGUAUGGGAAGAUGACUGGCUCAUGCAAUUUUACCCGCAAAAAUGCCAAGUUAUGCAUGCUACGAAUAAGAGGGUAGUUAUCAAGAGUUCGACACCAUAUUGCAUUCAUGGAAUACCCCUGGUAGAGACUGAUAAAGCAAAAUACCUUGGUGUAGUAAACUUUCAGGAAAACCUUAAGUGGAAUCACCAUGUAGACAAAACAACUAAGUCUGCCAACUCAGUCAGCAGCUUCCUGCAGAGAAAUAUCAGAGACUGUCCUCUCAAGACGAAAGUGUUGUGCUACAAAGCACUUGUCCUUCCAGUACUGGAAUAUGCUGCUGUGGUGUGGGACCCAUUUACCCAGAGGAACAUCUCAAAACUGGAAAUGGUACAACGCCGUUAUGCCCGCUUUGCUUUAGGAGACUUUCGACGUACCAGCAGUGUAUCAGAUAUGCUAACUCUAGUGGGCUACUCUUCAGGAAAGAAGGGCACAACAGCCAGCUAG